CCCAUAUUUCUCUCUCCCAUUUCUGAGACCAUCCAUAAUCACAUACUUGUCUUUAAUUACUUCUCCUCCAUCAAUUAAACUACUUCUGCAGCUUCCUCGCAAUUCUAUUCCAACAGUAAUAUUCUUUCUACCCAUAUACACUCAAAGAUUAAGCUAUGCUUAAUGAUCAGACGGCUAGUACCAGCCAUGGAGAUCACAACCUCAUGCAGGAGGACGAACAAAUCCGGGACAUUUACGCUCUCACCCCACCUCACCCUCCUCCGGUGAAUCGUGGCAAUCGAAGAGAAGCUUGGGAAACUAGCAGCCAUAGAUCCUCGUCUUUGUCGACGGCGAGCGAAGGUGCUGGAAGUGAAAACUUCACAAGCAUGAGCAGAGAAUUCAGUGCCUUAGUGCUUGCAGGGUCUGUUAUUGAUCACAACAAUGGUACGAAUUAUGAAAACGAAGGCGCAAACAUUAAUGGGAACAACAACUUGGGGAGGAUUGGAGAGGAAGAUGACAUGCCGGAGGAGGAGACGAAUCCAUUGGCUAUUGUACCGGAUAAUUAUAACCCGUUGAUGAACCCGAUUCCAUCUUCAAGGCGAGGAGGGCAUCCUGGCGGUUCUGGGUCUUCAAAUAGUACUGCCACGACUACAAGCAGUAGUAAUAGCACUAGUGGUCAGAGUGAGAUUUCAGUGCAUAGAGUGAAGAAAGAGGAGGUGGAAUCGAAGAUAUCGGCAUGGCAGAACGCGAAGAUUGCAAAGCUUAAUAACAGGUUUAAGAGGGAGGAUGCGAUUAUUAAUGGGUGGGAAAGUGAGCAGGUUCAAAAAGCUUCAUCCUGGAUGAAGAAAGUUGAGAGGAAACUAGAGGCGAAAAGAGCAAGAGCUCUGGAAAAGAUGCAGAAUGAAGUAGCAAACGCUCGAAGAAAAGCAGAAGAGAGAAGGGCAUCGGCCGAGGCUAAGAGAGGAACCAAAGUGGCCAGGAUUCUUGAAGUAGCCAACUUGAUGAGAGCUGUUGGAAGACCUCCUGUAAAACGGUCUUUCUUCUGAUCAUCAUCGUCUCUUUCCCAUCCAAAAUUAGAUCGAUUGAUGCAGUACGUAAUUUAUUUGUGAACUACCGCACAAUCAGUACUGGUAGUACUACUGUGGCAGCAACAAGUAAAGAAAUAUAAAACUCAUUUCGGUUGUUUCCUUUUUUGAGUGUUUGAACUUUGAAGUGUAUUGCAUGAAUUCUUGGAA